UUAGAAGCUAAUAUUUAACAGACUGAAAUGUUCCUCGAGGCGAGGGGUAACUAAGUCUUCUCUUCUGAAUUCUAGGAUUGGCUGAUUUCCUUGGUAAUUUAUAGAGAGGCCAGUAGAAUAUGGUCCAGAGUGAAGGACGCUUAAAUUUCACCCCCAAAUAAGAAAUGAAACUACUGCUUCAUUUAAUAGAGCGCCAGAAGCAGCUAAAGCUAUCUUGGAUAUGGUAGCUGACUUUAUACUUAGUUUGAAUAUACUUCAAGACGAAGAGCUGCAGCAAACAGGCUCCCGAAAACACACAUUGUGCCAAUAGUUGGCUAAGAGCACAGAACAUCUGCAGAAGUGGCCACUAAGUGAAUCAUAAAAUCCAGCCGCCUGCUGAAAACAAAAAAUCUUACGACACGAAAAAGCGAAAUAAAGACUGGUUAUCCACAACUAUGACUAUGAAUAAUUCUCCAAACCUAUUUUUGGACCCACAUUUGCAUAGAUUUCAGGUGAAUGUCAUUCACGAAAGCCACGAGAACUCGAUCCAAUCUCAGGGAGAUCCCGAGCCACAACGUUACGAAGAGACUUCUUUCGCUAAAGAUGCCGCCAAGAGACUCCACAUCAGCUUCAGGUCUGGAAACCAAGAAACGUACGACCGUUUCUUUCAAAAUGGCGACACUGCCAAAACAGAUGGAAGCUUUCAUCCCUACGACACAAACAGUGACACCUAUUAUCUAAAAACCUUUGGACAUAACACCAUGGAUGUUGUGCCAAAAAUCGAUUAUUACCAGAACACUGGAAGCAUCAGAGGAGCCAAAAUGAACCGGCCAAGUCUGAUGGAUAUCCACGAACACUUGGCAAAG